GCUUCUACAGGCUCACCUACGCGAGGACACUAUCCCCUAUAAAACCGCUCCGUACUGAGUUCACCUCUCAUUUGCGUUCAUAAACCAUCUACGACACAAGCCUACGAGACUCGCAACAUUGUUACUACGCUUUGCUGCUACGAAAGAAACAUCAAAAUGAAUGGUUUCUCGAUCCACAACAACAGCAUAGCCUUGUUGUUGGCAAUUCUCACAUUUUUCCUAAUGACAUCGCUUGUGCUUACUGCGCCAUUGGAUUCGGAAGAUGAACCAGGAGAAAACACGUUGAUUGGCAGACCCAUUAUGGGGGAUGCAGACAUGAAUUGGGAUGCAAUUAACACGGCUGCACUGCGCAAGAUGUUGUUGCAAAUGGAGGCCGAGGAAAGACUGGGAUUGAAUCGUGAGAGCCGAUCCUGGCCAAGACAGAGCCGUGGUUGGGGAGCAAGGAGCCUGGAUGGUCAAAUUAAUCGACCCUGGCGCGCUGACAAACGACAGGCGCGCUUCCGGCAAUGCUACUUCAAUCCUAUCUCCUGUUUCCGGAAAUAAACAACGUACGAUACAAAACGACGAUUGCCAACAAAAUAUUCACUAGUUUAUGACCGUUACUAAAUAAUGUAAAUAAAUGGAAUUAUAUUUAUAUUUUAAUUAGUAUGUUAAAUCUAUUUUCCACUGUUUCGUGACGUUCACUUGAGAAAAUUCUGUUUUUUUUUUAAAUGUAACAAAAUCUUUAGCGGCAAUUUAGCGGUUCAUCAGAAAUUUGGGUUUAAAGACAUUCGUAUUGUAAUUAAAUAUACAAUUCAUGUUCUUACUAGUUACCUAUUUAAAUAUAAAUUUUUAACGUAUAAUCGUAAAUGUAUUUCAAUGUAGAAACCAUCAGAAUGUGCUCAUGUUUCACAGAGCACAAUAAAAGUAAGUCACGUACGUGGAAGCAUCCCUUUUUGUGACACCUUUGAUACGACUUACAUCGUAAUUCGAAAAAGCCUUUAAAUGUACCACAUAACAUAAAAAGCUCUAUUUCGUUUCCAUUGUCACAAUUGAACUCGAGUUUAUAAAAUACGUUGAGAAUAAUAAAACUUUUCUAUCAGAAUAUUUUCUGUCUAUGUUUUGAAAUCUAUUAGGUACAUUACAUUAUACUAUGUAUUACAAUUUAGACACAAUUAUAUUUACAUAAAAAUUAAGUAGGAUAAAAUGUUUUAAUUCCUAUAAUAAAGUUGUUGUACUGA